AAUUAAAGAGAUGUCAUGUGAGGAUUGUACUUUACUCCUAUUUUAGACACAACAGAAUAAACGGCAAGCCUUAUUUUAUAUCAUGGAGUUAGGUAGCAGUUCUCUGUUGAAUGUGUUUCUCAUCUGGAACGCUCUGUACGUCAGUAGUUUCAUAUACAAGACUACAGCACACAGUGGAAACACUAAACUAUUGCCUCUGCAGGUCACAACUAUAAACUCAGUAUACAGUUAUCCAGGACAAACUUUGGAGCUAAAGUGCACACAUGAUGGAAAUGAAGAUGUGGUGCAUUGGUGGCAGACGCCUUUUGGAUUGUUUAAGGACUUUAACCAUCCCAACAAGGAUCCUGUGGAAACAUCCAAUGGCAGUUUGAGGAUUUCAAAGGUCACCAGCAGCCAUGAUGGUCUCUAUUUCUGUGUACGGCAGGAUGAAACUGGCAGAACAAUCUCGCCAUUUAGAGUUAAUGUAGUGGGUGUUAACCCUAAUAUCAAGGAACGACUAAGAAAGAACAGAAAGGCAGAGGUUUAUGAUGACAGACGGGUGACAGAAGGGGAUUUUGUAGCAGCUGUGACAUCCUCAGUUAUCGUGACCUUUUUCGUGGCCUUCACACUUGGUGCUUUUAGUCGAUCCUACGUGAUAAAGUGUUUAAAAGUGACGAUGGCCCGCAUGCCUUGUACGAAAGGCCGACACAAUCUCACCAGUGGAAAUGACGACCUAGAGCCCACCACAAAUACACAACCAGCUGAAUUUGACAGAGUACACUUUUAUAUAAACCCAGAUACUGGAGAAGACACUGUGGACAUAGUGGGAAGCCGAAUGCAUGAAGAUUCGGUUAAUAAGGAAAGCGAGAGACAGGAUGAUGUAGAUGCCACAGAAAAUGAACUUGCAGAUGGCAUGAAGGACGACUCAAACCAACUUCAGAGUCGUGAAGAACAACAGCAAGAAUUCAAAACAGUACUUAGUCCACAUCCGAAGAAAAAGAUGCGUGUCAUUAAAGUGUACAACUACGAUGAGGAUGGGAAUCGAUACGGUCACAUAAAAGACUCUGAGGUCGAAGGUGAAAAUGAGGUCAGGCCAAGACUGAGAACAAAGUCACUGACUCGACUUGAUGCUAUUAUGAAAGAGGCGGAGUUUACAGACUUUAAACCAGUCAAAGAAUCAACCGACAGCCAGUCAGCUUAAUAAAACGUUCCUUUCUAAUGCCUUCAUGAUGAAUUAAAACAUUCACAAGAUAAACUGUAUGAAUAUAAAGACAGACAGCAGACGACUCCGGGCCGGAACUGCACCAGAUCCUGGCCUAAAGCAGGGCAUCCGGUGCGGGUCCGGCCCACUGCCGUCCGUCUUGGUGAUAAUUGCAUAAAAUUAUAUUUAUAUUUUCAGUGGUGGCCAGUGACUUCUUUUUUAAGGGCGCAUGAUGCGAAACUUGUCACAUGUAUUUAGCCCCGUGCAUCACGCGUCUUGUCAAAAUAAGUGCCUGCUGCACAUGCGUCUACUGAGUUUGAGAUAAAAUUGACGCUCGCGUUUGUCAGAUACUCGCUCUCAUGAGUAAUCUGAGUUUAGUAUUAAGUGAGCCUCUAUUUUAUCAUAAACCCUUGUGGCGUGUGUGCAGCAGGUACGUAUUUUGACAAGACACAUGAUUCAACGAACUAGUGCUGCCUCACGAUUAGUCGUGACUAAUCGUUUGCAGAAUAAAAGUU